CACAUGUUGGCAUACAAUAUUCUUAGAGGUACAUGUCAAUUUCUGCCCUUGGUCACAUGACCGGCGCUCUCUGCAAUGGAUGGAGAUGGAUCUCCACGUCAGCUCACGUCUCAAAAUCUUUGCUCCGCGGCUCUGCUUCAAAGCCACUGAAGCUGAAGCAGUCCUCUACAACGAUGCGAGGCAGUACUAUGGUUGUGGCGUGCCCAACCAAGUGUCAUGAUGGAUUUUGACGAGCGGGUACCCGUUGGGUCUAACAUGUAUUUGCCCAGCUGCACGUAUUACGUAUCUGGAACGGAAUUUUCCAGUCUUCCUCAUUUUCUGCCCCAGACCCCGUCUUCUUGCCCCAUGACAUACUCUUACUCCACGUCUAAUUUACCACAAGUUCAGACCGUUAGAGAGGUGUCUUUCAGGGACUAUGCCAUUGACACGUCCAGUAAGUGGCACUCCAGGGGCAAUCUGCCACACUGCUACGCGACAGAAGACAUGGUGCACAGGGACUGCCUGUCCAACCCUGGGACAUUGGGGGAGAUGAUAUCAAAAAACAACUCGGUUCUUUACCAUUCCAACGCGAGCCACACAUCCAGCGUGUAUGGCAGCGUCGGGAGAAACGGCGUGCUUCCCCAAGCGUUCGAUCAGUUUUUCGAGACAGCGUACGGGAAUGCGGAUAACCAGUCGACCGAGCCGCCGGUGGACAGAGCGACCAGCAAGGGACCUCAAGCCGCGGAAUCGGGGAGCGACAGCUGUCGGGCAACGGAUGAGACCGAGCGGUGUGAAGAGGCGAGCAGUCCCGAGUCAUCUUCUGGAAACCACGAAGAAAAAUUCAACGGCAACAGCAGUGGACAGAAGACACGGAAAAAGAGAUGUCCUUACACCAAAUAUCAAAUCAGAGAGCUGGAAAGAGAAUUUUUCUUCAGUGUUUACAUAAACAAAGAAAAAAGGCUACAGCUCUCCAGAAUGCUGAACCUCACCGACCGUCAGGUGAAAAUAUGGUUUCAAAACAGAAGAAUGAAAGAAAAGAAACUAAACAGAGACCGUUUGCAGUAUUACACCUCGAACCCUUUGCUCUAGACGGUCGUUCGCUGAGAAAUCCUUUGGCCGAGAUGGUUAAUUUCAAGUUCGUGGAUGCACAUUCCGACUCCCAGAGACUGCUGCGAGACGAGAUGUGACCUUCAUUCCUCUGACAGACUUUUUCAUCGAUGAACAUGCGUAUUCUCUAUACUCUUUACUGUUGAAAACAUUUUUUGUAUUAUUAGUGAUAUUAUGUGGAGGUUAGCAUCAUUCUAUCAUUUCUUAGAACGUUUCUCUUUAUUUUUUUCCGACCAAGAUCUUUAACUUUUCUCAUGUGUCAUAAAAUCUUCAAAUCUAUUAAGGUGGUAAGAGACCUAAUUAAUGGACAAUAAGGUGAUUUUUAAUCACUUAACCAGUUCCUUAUUUAUGCCUUGUUUGUCUAUUAUUUUACAGAAAUGUCGUAAAAAUAAGCCUGUUUAAAAAUAAGCUAUGUUUAUUGGGAACUAGAUGCAUCUUGCGCGCUAUAUUCUUUUACUUGAAUUCUAAAUUUCUAAGUUUAUAAAUUGAAAUAAUGCUUCUUUAUUGCGCAUUCUCUAGAACAUCAUUGACUUAACAACAUUGCUUAUAAACGUCUUCAAAAUCAAACUCAUAUUUAUUUUAUGUGAGACGUAAGUGAACGUUAAUGUAAAAGCAAUAACUUAUCCGAUACGGGCACAACUUGGGACCUCUGUCAGUCAAAAUCAAAAUAUUGUUUUCUAUUUAAGCUCUGUGGAUCUCCGCCUUCCUAUAAUAUGCGUGAAACUUUAUAGUAAUGUUGCAGGAACUCAUUCAUGUUCAUGCUAAUCUCUCAUGUUUAUAACAUCACUUCAGUGUUAUAUAAAUCAGUCUCUUGAAACA